GAAGCCACAUGUCAUCCUCGCCCCUUCUUCCUGUUGCCUUCUCAGCCUCCUUCCCUUUAUUUAGAAAUAGCGUGUUAUCUAUUAUACAACCCAGGAAAGCGUUCUGAUCUCUGCCCUGUGACUUCCCGCUCCUCCUCUUUCUAUAAAUACAAGGGCAGAGCAGAGAUCCAGGGAAGUCGGAGAGAGCCCCGGAGUCCUCAGGCUGGUCUGUGCACCGGGAAGAUGAAGACCUCCAUAGCUGCCCUCCCCUUCCUCAUCCUCGCUGCCCAGGCUGCAGUUGUAGAAAACAGGAUGUCAAACCUGAAGUUUGAACUCUCAAGUCCGAAAGAAUUUCAUCAUCACUCAUUGUCUCACGGAGGUUUUCACCGGCCCACGGACUGCUGCACGUCUUACACCCCACGAAACAUCCGAUGUGUAUUCAUGGAAGAUUAUAUAGAGACGAGCAGUGCGUGCUCCCGGCCAGCUGUCAUCUUCCUCACCAAGAAGGGGCAGCGUGUCUGUGCUGAUCCUAACAAUGACAGAGUUCAGAAAUGCAAGUCGGACCUAAGGCUGGGGUCAGCCGUCGAGGACCUGAGAUCGCUAUUGCUUGAGCGGGGGAGCCUGGACCGGGCCCCCUCUUCUUCGUCUCUCUUGCCUCACCGUCCUCAUUGGACGGUGGCCUGAAUUACUUUUUUAAAAAGCAACAGUUACUGUUCUGUUCUGAUUACAAAAGCAACACAUUCAUCAAGAGUAUCCAAUUUGAAUUCACUCCAACUUUUAGAGGGAAAAGAUUGUGCAGGAAUUGCUGAACUUUGGACUCGUGGAGCUUUUUUUGGAGGGGGGGAAGGGUCUGAACAAGACAUCAUAUUGUAAACUUUUUUAAGCUAAAAACAUGACAUUCAAAUACAGAC